AGCUUCAUCCUCACCAACAUGGCGGCGGAGUGCAGCAGCUGGAGCGCAGCGGCGCGCCUCGGCUCAGCUUCACUAACUUAACUCCCCAGAACCGUGUGAACUGACGCAGCGUCGCAAAGAUUUAGUUUGUCGUUAGGGUCAUUGUCUUGUUGUGUACAUAUAUCGGACCUAUAGACUUUGGAGUGCAAAAAGGAAGCAUCUUUAUUUUUUUUCCCCUCUUUCUCAAUUAUCGUGACAACUUCCAAAACUCACCUGCUUGCCGUCAGGAACAGCGCGUACCGAGUCCGUGUGCCAGCAGCGUGCUGUGUUUACAGUCCUGCUCAGAGGGAAACGACGAACAAACCGACACACAGCUGCUUCUUUUUCUUCUUCUUUGCUUUGAAAAAGGUUUAGAUUUCCAAAGGAAACAAGCCAUGUGAUCGUGUUUGGAGGACAUGCAUCUAAAUAUGAGUGAGAAUAAUUAUCCGCUAGAAGAGAGAGAUAGAGACAGACUUCCUCCCAUCAUAAACCCUAGUUUGGAUCGUGGACCAAAGCUACCUUUCUCCUCCUAUGGAAGUUUCAUCUCCACCCUCAACCACAAGAGAGAGUCGGGCAGUAACAGCCUGUCCACACAUCUCCUCUUACCUGCCGUCCGACAAGUGAGAGAGCUUCCCCCGAUCUAUCCAGACGUGAGACAGAAGCAGAGGAUCUCAAUAGACGUUUUGCCUCCAGAAGUUAAAGCCCGCUUCGUCUCAGAUCCCAUCAUUCCCAUCCGGACCAAAACCGCCAAAGAGUUUCAAGAAGACGUUGAAAAGGCAACUAUCUCAGGUGAUUGGAAGCAUGUCCAUGAUUUCUACAUGACCACGUUCGACUCCUUCUUGGAACUCAAUGCUGCUUUUAAGAGGGAAGCAAAUGCUCCGUUCAACACUAUUGAAGACUCAGGAAUAAACACCAAAUUUGUCAAUGCUGUUUAUGAUGCUUUGCUUCACACGCCCCCUGAUACCCAGAAAUCAGUCCUGAAGGGAAUCAUUAAUAGCUUAUUAAGGGAAUGGAAAGGACCACGGACAAAGGAUGACCUGAGGGCUUAUUUCAUACUCGUGCAGAACCCUCAGUACACCAGCACAGCCACAUAUGUCAUCUACGCUCACUUACUGCGGCAAAUAGCAACGCUGCCUGAAGCAGAUCACCAUUUCCUGAUGCACUGGUUUAAGAAGCUAUCUCAGAAGCGUUUUAAGCAGCUGGUGGAACGCCUACAGCUCUUCAUCACCACACGGCUAUUCCCUGCCAAACCAGAGGAGCUACCGCCCAUGUCCAAGUGCUCGUGGUGGAUCCCAUCAGCCACCAAGGUUCUCUCCCUGCUCAAUGCUGCAAACAGCGUUUCACCUUCUCCCAUCAUCCCCUUCUCCGAUUUCUACAAUCUCACACUGGACCACAUUGACUUCAUGGAGGACUACCAGACGUGGCAAGCUCAUGGAAAUUCCAACAGAUUCACGUUCUGCCAGUAUCCGUUUAUCCUGUCGACGGUGGUGAAGAAGGCUAUUAUCCAAAGAGACUCUGAGCAGCAGAUGAUCAGCAUGGCCAGGCAAACCCUGGUGGACAAGGUCUCUCGCAGACAGAGGGUGGAUAUGAGUCUGCUUUUUCUCAACAUUAAAGUAAGGCGUCUGCAGCUGGUCAGUGACUCACUGGAUGAGCUUUCAAGAAAGAGAGCAGACUUGAAGAAAAAGCUAAAAGUGACGUUUGUUGGGGAAGCAGGCUUGGACAUGGGAGGACUCACAAAGGAAUGGUUUCUUCUCCUGAUCCGACAGAUUUUUCACACUGAUUACGGCAUGUUCACAUAUGUGAAGGAAUCUCAGUGUCACUGGUUCAGCAACUGGAAGUGUGACAACUGCUCAGAAUACAGACUGGUGGGAGCUCUCAUGGGCCUAGCUGUGUACAACAGCAUCACCCUGGACAUCCGAUUCCCGCCCUGCGUCUACAAGAAGCUGCUGACUCCUCCCAUUGUGCCGUGUGACCUUGAUGCCCCUGUUGGCAUGGCAGCCCUCACCCUGGACGACCUGCAGCAAAUCAUGCCUGAUCUUGCUCAUGGCCUUGCAGAGCUACUUAGCUAUGAGGGAAAUGUUGAAGAGGACUUCUAUACGACCUUUCAGGUUUUUCAAGAAGAACUUGGAGUAGUCAAAUCAUAUAACCUGAAGCCAGGUGGGGAUAAAAUCCCUGUGACUAACCAGAACCGAAAAGAGUACGUCCAGCUGUACAUUGAUUUCCUGCUGAAUAAGUUCAUCUACAGACAGUUUGCUGCCUUCUACCAUGGCUUUCACAGCGUGUGUGCCUCUAAUGCCUUGAUGUUGCUGAGGCCAGAGGAGGUUGAGAUCCUGGUUUGUGGGAGUCCCAAUCUGGACAUGAGCUCUCUGCAGAGGGUGGCACAGUAUGAGGGCUACAGCAAGACAGACCCCACCAUCCGUGCAUUCUGGGACGUGGUUCUAGCUUUCCCUCUAGAGCUGCAGAAGAGGCUUCUCCACUUUACAACAGGAAGUGACCGUGUUCCUGUGGGAGGGAUGGCAGACCUCAGUUUCAAGAUCUCUAAGAUUGAUGUUUCCACAGACUGGUUACCUGUUUCACACACAUGCUUCAAUCAGAUCUGCCUGCCACCCUACAAGAGCAAGAAAGAACUACGGCAAAAGCUAACCAUAGCCAUUUCCAAUGCUGAGGGCUUUGGCUUGGAGUAGUGUGACGGUCUGAGGGAAUGGAAACCCCAAGGCUAUCCUUUCAUUUACUGUUAUAUUUGUUUAAUGGUUGCACAUUAGGCCCCAUUAGUAAAUGAUUUACGCACUGUAGCUGUCCUUAAAGCUAGAUCUGUAGAUUCACUAGCAUUAGGCCAUUUGAUAUGGCUGUGAUGUGUAACAUUGUGUUUUAGUUCUGUGUGUGUAAAUGGUAAGAUGAAGUUCUGUCAUGAACCAGGAUUCGAAAAAGAAUCCAGUUAAUCUGUACUGUAUGCCUAGAAGUGUUCAGAUGUUGCAUCGUGUUAUGUAUAUCAAGGACCAAACUUUCUGAUUUAAUAGAACAUGUUUUGUUUUUAUAGCUUUGACAAAAUAUCAGCAUGUGAUAUAUUCAUGAUAUAUCCAACCAAAUCAGCAGGAUAGCUACAGUAGUCCGAGGUGGAGAAUUAUUUAAAUGAAACAAUCGUAUCAGACUUAAACUUGGCAUCUUUACGAGUUUGAUUCUGUUUGACUAGCAGGGAUCUUAUGUAAUAUCCCACAGUUGUGCAAUGAGGAGGACUGAAAAUGGGCCAGAGUGAAGCCUGGGCCAUGAAAUAGCUUGGCCAAAAGUCUGUCACUGAGACUGCUUCUGGUCUGAGUGUUUAAAGUGGCAGUGCCGUGUCUCCUUGACUCCCUGGUAAUAACCACGGCUGUGUACGAGUGUGAUUGAUUUUGGUGUUUCCUCAAAUUUUGCGUCCAGUCUUUGAUUGUUCUAGCUGUUAAAUAUUGCGUAACUGAUUGUUUUCAUGCUCAGAGAUGGUUUUGUUCUGUAUAUAAUUCUGAAAGUGUUGACGACCCUUUCGUAUUCUCUGUGAAAGGAAAGGAACCGUGUAAAUGUCCGUGUUUGUGCCCGUCACAGUGACUAGCUAUAAAACACAACAAUAGUGGGUCUCUGUACUCGAAGUCUUUUGUGGUAGUUAUUACUGGCAGUUCUUGAAUAGAAAGUGGACACAUCUGAUAACGGCACGUACAUGUCAACAGCAAACCAGGUUCAGAUUAAUUUAUUUGCAGCUGUUCCACCGAGUCAGCUCGUGCUCAUUCAGAUAACACGAUAUAAUAAUUGAGUGGUAAUAAUGAUACAACUUCCAACAGUUAUAAACAUCUCUUAAGCUUUUUUUUUUUUCAAACUGUUGAAUUUUGGCAGCAUCCUUCUCUUCACAUCGAGCUGUCUCUCUCACUCGAUUGAAAUCUUCCAUAAACAUUAGAUUAAAUCUGUCCUCUUGAUCGCCAGCUAAAAUCUUGCAAGUGUUGACUUUAUUGUUUAUUCCGUUGUAUGACUGAAUACAAAUGUAUUUGCCAUGUAUUUAUUUUAACUUUGCUCAUUCUUAAUGAUUAAAGUUAUACAGCUACA